UGUUCAGUUUAAUUCAACACUUACUGCAAUUUUCAUUAGUCUAACCUUUCUUCACUUUACAAUUCACAUGGCUUCCGUUAAUCAAGAAUUUAAGUACGACGUGUUCCUUAGUUUUAGAGGCGAGGAUACUCGUUAUGGUUUCACCGGUCAUCUUUGGAAAGCUCUUGAUGACAAAGGAGUCCGAACUUUCAUGGAUGACGGCAAGCUUCAGAAAGGAGAUGAAAUUACACCAUCACUUUUCAAGGCAAUUGAUGAAUCCAAGAUCGCCAUAGUUGUCCUCUCUAAGAAUUACGCUUCUUCAUCCUUUUGCUUACAAGAACUUUCAAAGAUCCUUGAUACAAUGAAAGAUAAGGCGGGUCAUUCCGUUUUUCCGGUAUUUUAUAAGGUGGAUCCUUCUGAUAUACGAAAGUUGAAAAGAAGUUUUGGAGAAGCAAUGGAUAAACAUAAGGCCAACUCCAGUUUGGAUAAAUGGAAGGUGUCUCUUCACCAAGUUGCUGAUUUGUCCGGCUUUCAUUACAAAGGGGAUAUGCCUGAGCAUAAGUUUAUUGGGGAGAUUGUUGAACAAGUAUUGGGAAUUAUAAAACUUGUUUCCUUACAUGUUGGUGAUUACCUAGUUGGACUGGAUCACCAAAAGCAACAUGUGACUUCCCUUUUGAAUUUUGGGUCAGAUGAUACGGUCCACAUGGUAGCAAUCCAUGGGAUUGGUGGAAUAGGGAAAACAACUCUUGCUAUAUCUGUGUAUAAUUUGAUUGCCCAUCAAUUUGAUGUUUCAUGUUUUCUUGAAAAUGUUAGAGAAAAUCAUGAAAAACAUGGGUUACCAUAUCUCCAAAAAAUCAUUCUUUCAAAAGUAGCUGAGGAGAAAAAGGAGUUAACAGGUGUUCUCCAAGGAAUUUCAAUAUUGGAGCAGAGGCUCAAACAAAAGAAGUUACUUUUGAUUCUAGAUGAUGUUAACAAAUUAGAGCAAUUAGAAGCUCUGGCUGGAAAACACAAAUGGUUUGGCCCCUCAAGUCGAAUCAUCAUUACAACUCGGGACAAAAAGUUGCUAACAUGUCAUGGGGUUGAACGCACAUAUGAGGUGAAUGGGUUGAAUGACAAAGAUGCUUUGGAGUUGGUUAGAUGGAAAGCUUUUAAAGAUGAAUUUAGUCCAAGCUGCAAUAACAAUGUUUCAUUAGCACAAAUGCAUGUUUUAGAACGUGUCGUAGCAUAUGCUUCUGGUCAUCCACUUGCUUUGGAGGUCAUGGGUUCUCACUUUUAUAAUAAGACAAUAGAACAAUGUAAAGUUGCACUAGAUCAUUAUGAAAAAGUUCCUCAUAAAAAGAUCCAAACGACACUACAACUGAGCUUUGAUGCUUUGGAGGACAAAGAUAAAUUUGUUUUUCUUGACAUUGCUUGUUGCUUCAAAGGAUGGAAAUUAACAAGGGUCGAAGAAAUACUUCAUGCUCAGUACGGUAAUAUCAUGAAAGAUAACAUUAAUGUGUUAGUGGAAAAAUCUCUCAUAAAGAUAAGUGAGUCUGGUAAUGUGACAAUGCAUGAUUUGGUAGAAGAUAUGGGGAAAGAAAUUGUUAGACAAGAAUCACCUGAAAAUCCUGGAAAACGCAGUAGAUUAUGGUUCUCUGAAGAUAUAAUGCACGUUUUAGAGGAAAAUACAGGAACAAAUCAAAUAGAAAUCAUACGUUUCGAUUGUUGGACUAGAGUAGCAUGGGAUGGAGAAGCUUUCAAGAAGAUGGAAAAUCUCAAAACACUAAUUUUUUCUGAUUAUGUUUUCUUUAAAAAACAUCCCAAACAUCUUCCAAAUAGUCUAAGAGUGCUGGAAUGUCGCUAUCCUUCAUCAGGUUUCCUUGUCGCUCUUUCUUUGUUUAACUUUCCCACAAAGAAGUUUCAGAAUAUGAGAGUUUUGAAUCUCGAAGAUGGUAAUGGUUUAGCACAAAUACCUGAUAUAUCUGGUCUACCAAAUUUAGAAAAACUUUCAAUUAAAAAUUGUUGGGAACUAAUUGCAAUUGAUAAAUCGGUUGGUUUUCUAGGUAAACUUAAAAUCUUGAAAAUAUGCAACACUAAAAUCAAGAGUGUUCCACCCCUCAUGUUACCUUCUCUAGAAGAACUUGAUCUUUCAGGAUGUAGUAUUCUUGAGGGUUUUUCACAUGAGGUAGAUGGGUUUGGUGAUAAGCUUAAAACCAUGAGUUUUAGAGGUUGCAGGAAGCUAAGGAGUAUUCCACCUCUCAAGUUGAAUUCGCUAGAAACCCUUGAUUUUUCAUCUUGUCAUAGGCUCGAGAGUUUUCCACUUGUGGUGAACGGGUUUCUUGGAAAACUUAAAACCCUGCUUGUUACAAAUUGUUACAAUCUUAAGAGCAUCCCACCUCUCAAGUUGGAUUCAUUAGAAGUACUUGACCUUUCAUGUUGUUGUAGUCUUGAAAGUUUUCCAUGUGUGGUGGAUGAGUUGUUGGAUAAACUUAAAUUCUUGAACAUUGAAUGUUGCAUCAUGCUUAGGAAUAUCCCGCGGCUUAGGUUGACUUCAUUGGAACAUUUCAAUCUUUCAUAUUGUUAUAGUCUCAAGAGUUUUCCAGAAAUAUUGGGAGAGAUGAGAAAUAUGCCAGGAGUCCUCAUGGAUGAAACUCCCAUAAAAGAAUUGCCGUUUCCAUUUAAAAAUCUUACCCAACCUAAAACAUUAUGUGAAUGUGGAUAUGUUUACUUACCAAAUAGGAUGUCAACACUGGCUGAAUUUACCAUCAAGAAUGAAGAAAAAGUGAACACAAUGCAAUCUUUACAUGUAAAGUAUAUUUGUGUCAGGAGGUGCAAUCUUUCAGAUGAAUAUCUGUCAAAAAGUCUUAUGUUAUUUGCUAAUGUGAAAGAAUUACACCUAACUAGUAAUCACUUCACAGUAAUUCCUAAAUCUAUCGAAUAUUGUAAAUCUUUGUGGAAACUCGUCUUGGAUGAUUGUAAGGCACUUCAAGAAAUUAAAGGGAUUCCUCCAUGCUUAAGAAUGUUAUCUGCACUAAACUGCAUAUCAUUGACUUCGUCGUGCAAAAGCAAAUUACUAAAUCAGGAAUUACAUGAGGCUGGAAACACUUGGUUUCGUUUGCCACGAGCGACAUUUCCAGAGUGGUUCGACCACCACUGUUUGGCAAGAUUGUCAUUUUCUUUCUGGUUUCGUAACAAGUUUCCUGCCAUAGCUCUCUGUGUUGUUUGUUCAUCGACAUUGCACGAUUCUCAACGUCCUGUAAGAGUGGUCAUCAAUGGCAAUACAUUUUUCUAUACACAUGAUUCGAAGAUAGAUAGGUCAUCACGGCCGGACAUGUAUCAUUUGCAUCUUUUUCAUAUGCAAAUGGAAAACUUCAAUGAAAAUAUGGACAAAGCACUCUCAGAAAAUAAGUGGAAUCAUGCAGAGCUUGAUUUUGGACUCUCAUUCCUGGAAAGUGGAAUCCAUGUAUUGAAAGAGAGAAGUAGCAUGAACGAUAUUCGAUUCAUCAACCCAAAGUAUGAUGUGUUCACUCGGGAUUUUGAAGCCAUGCUACCACCAGAGUCCUUUAACUUGUCAGCAGAACUUUCAUCAACUUCCAAUGAAAUUGCACCGUUGCUGAACAACUUACCUUUGAGAUCAUCUUCUAAAAGGCACUUUUCUCAUAAGAAAGAACACCAUUGCUUGAUUAUGUGAGUAAUCUUAAUGCAGAAAGAGGCGACGAGAAGGAAUCAUUGUCAUUGUGUUUUCAACCAAAUGAUAUUAAUAUACAAGUGUAUAAGAUCUCACCUCCACAUUUUGUAGCUAAAUUGUCUCCUCGACUGAUAGUUUGUUGGCACACACACCCGUGCAGUCGGUUGUUGAUCGGUUCUUAUGUUAACCUUCAGAAAAUGAUUGUGCAAUAAUCUACAUCUUUUUUUAAGCCUGCAAAAAGAGUGCUCCACUUUACACUCAUAGAAGGCAGUGAUGAUUUGGAGUCCAAUGUGGUUCAACUUCGACAUUGUGGAAUUGCUCAUCAAUAAAUAGAAAAAAGAAAAGAAUUGUUGAGUUAAUUGAAUCCCAAACAGGAGCUCUUGAUAAAUUUAUUGUAAAAGAAACGCAAGUUCCUAUUGAUGAUAAUGCUAUUUCUAUUGAUGAUAA